AUUGAAAGUUGCUCAACAUUUAGUGACUCACAUGCAGCGCACGAAGCAUUUCAUCAACAAAAAAGUCGAGGUGAUCCGAAACAAAGGCCAAAAGGCGACCAAAAAGACUUGGAACUACCUCUGACAACGAGCUGAAACGGUUUGAGCGCCCUUCACUGGAUAGGAAAUCCAUCAUUCCGUGUGCCUAAAGAUUGGCUGUCUUUUGAGCCUAUACAGGAAUUGCUUCCUAGCGAGAUAAAAUGGCCGUAGCAGCUGGUGUAGCGGCGGGUGUAGCUGGGGCAGCUGUGGCAGCGGUAGUGCUACCUCCGCUAAUAAAGGGCGUAGCGGAGAUCAUUGAUGAUGCGGUGCACGACGAGCACAUCUCGGAGAAAGAGAUCCCCAUCCACUGUGACUUGGCGGCGUCCUAUGGGGCAGUGAAUCAUAAGAACAUCGCUGAUAUGGACGAGAACCUUAAGGUGAUCAUCACCGGGACAACUCGGGCCAUCGCUCAACUGGAAAACCGCUCCUGGGAGGCGAUCACGGCCUGCAUGCUUCAGAACAGCCUCCUCGAGCCCAUGGUCGGCGAGGACAUCUGCCGCUCAGAGAAACUCUUCAAGGAGGGCUACAACUUUCUAAAAUUCGACGGCUCGGCAGAGAACAACCAAAAGGUCGUACAAGAGGUGAUGGACUGGUUUUCGGACACCCUCAUUCGGGACGUGGACGUCCUGGCAGACACCCGUAUCGAUAUUAAGGCCAUGAGCAAGAUUGUCGCGGAAACUGGCGCUAGAGUGGAGGGUCUGCUCACCGCAAUUUACAAAGAGGAGUACGUGGAGAGGCAAGUGGUCGAUGUGGGUGUCAUCCGCUAUCCGGACUUCGACCACCCGUUCUUCAAGGUGUAUCGGAUUCAGCUCCUCGCAUGGCGGGAGUGCGACCGAAUUCUGAUUGGUCAGAAGGAUAAAAGCGGAAUUCUCGGAAAAUACAAUAUGAGCAAGUACAAGCCUCGUGACAGCGUCAUCCGGGCACUACAGGCUGACAUCAGGCACAAAGCAUCACAUGAAGCCAUCGACAUUUACGUCAGCCACUUUGGAUGCGGGGACAAGCCUCUUUGUUGAGAAUUGAAACAAUUCGAGCAAGCAACACAGGGUAAUAAAAAUAUAUACAGAUAAUUACCUUCCAAAUUCAUUCUUAUAUAUAGUAGUCGAAUUAUUGUUUAAUGAAUUUAGAUUUUUACAUGGCAUGGUUUCAGUUCAUGCGUUGUUUAUGAAUAAACUUCUGAAUUAUAUGUGCAUCAACAUGGCUAUUUUAUAGCUGUAGAUUAGUUGGUUAGAUUACAAGAACUAAACUGAAAUUUUUUUUUAUGCAUGACCCAUGCAAAUUUGACGACAUGUAUAGACCUAUUGGCAAACCAUAAACUAGACCAUAUGACCCUAUAGUAAUGACGCCUAAAGUUUGCUUACACCAAUGUAAAGACUAGAUGAUACCUUUGAUAUAUCCCGAUUUCUCUGUACAUUAAAGUACCGUAUAUGUCCUAAUGCACGUAUUUGUAUUAGUUGUAUUUUUCAAGUAAACACUUGCUGCAGGAAGAUAAAAAUCGACAACCUUAACGAUAUAUAAAGAAACAAAAGUCUUUCAGUAUAUUUCUUGUGUGGUGUUGAACGGGGCUCCGGUCUUAGACUUCAGUCAAACUGUCAGUCAUUAAACUUGGUAUAUUCAUUUGCUAUAGUUUAGCUGAAAUUUGCUUCACAAAAACAAUUUUAAAGUUAUUUGAAAUUUUGAUUGAAAUCUAAGAUUACAGCGGAACACUAAGAGGCUAAGGCAUGACACAUUAUAAGUUUUUGAGCAAACCAGUGUAAAAUACCACGCUGUAAUUAUAUUGGUGGGCUGGGCCUAAUUUAGUGUGGCGAGAAACCGUUUUCCUCAAAUUGUAUUUCUGGAGAACUUUUUUCUAACAGACAGAAAUGUCCUGGAUGUAUAAAUGACAGAGUGAUGCUUGAGUUUUAUUCUUAGUGGACUUUACAGCGAAAGAAAGACUCCACAUCUUUAUUCUCAGACCACCAGUAUAAUUAGUGGAGCUCGACAUUACAAUAUUUAUACUUUGUAUAAUUCAGUGUUUAAUAAAGAUUCAUUAAUACAAACUU